AUCACCCUACUCCUGCCACCAAACAGCUCAUAGCCUCCACAGAAUCUAUUUCUCAACGUUGGGGACGAUGGCGAACACGUCGACUUGGCCGUCCUCGGGCGCAGAGCGUCCGACCGCUCGCUUCGUCAAGACAUCCCGCCGCUACGUCCGCAAGGCUUUUAAAGCCAUCAUGCGUUCCCAUAAAUUCCGCAUCCCUAAAUAUGACCUCCCACUGCGAUUUAGGCCUUGGUUCGUAGUCAUCACGGUGCUUGUCAUGCUCCUCCUCGCCACCCUUGGUUUCACCAACAUACCACACCAACUACCCGUCAAUGACAAGCUCCUCCAUUUCUUCUGCUUGGGCAUCGCAACCGCUCUCUUCUACUUCAUCUUCGAUGUCGAGGAAGAAGCGAGGAGGAUAUGGUUCUGGCGGUGCGCGCCUAUGAUAUUUACGGGGCUCAUAUGCUUCGUACUUGGCGGGGUUGUCAGUGAAUUCGUGCAGGCACUAUUACCGUACAAGGAGUUCCAAUUCGGCGAUGUCGUCGCAAACCUCCUAGGCUCAGCCAUAGGCCUCUACACAUCCUACAAUCUCGAGAAAUACCACCGCCACCGCCGAGAGAUCAACCGUCUCUACCGCCCUCUUACCGGCUCUUCCUCCUCCAUCAACCUCGCCUCGGACUCGGACUCCCUCUCAGACGACGAAUUCGGGGCGUACGAAUCGAGUUCCGGUUCACAGCUCCUUCCUACACAUCAUUCUUCUAGGACUGGGGCCGUUAGAUUACCGCUGACGCCCAAGACGGCUGGCCCUGCUGCCACCAAUGCUCAUGCUGUCGUUGGUGGUGGUGGAGCAGGAGGAGUAGGAAAUGGGAAGGCGGGCGGGGGGAAGGGGAGUAGGAGGGGAGAGGUGGCGUUGAUGGAUGUGUGGGAUGAGAGGGAGGAGUUGUUCGGGGUUGGGGACGAGAGUGAUGAAGAGAUGGAAAUCAUCCAGGGUAGUCCUUCGCACCCACACCAUCCCCAUCCUCCACCUCCUCAUGAUCGAGACCUUCUCGGUGAGAGCGCAGGAAAGGGGAUGGGAAAGGGAACAGGGGCGCGAGGAAAAGCGGCGUCGAAUUCGAGGCAUGUGAGGUUCGAGGAGGAGGAGGAGGAGGAGGAGGAGUUAGUUCGGUGAUGAUGCCAUCCAUAUUCAGAUUCAAAGGACGAUGGAUCGGGCGAUGAUAAUGAUUCGGUGUAAAUCGUGUAUGAGCAUCCUCCGACUUUUCUCAUUUAUUCAUAUAGACUUUGUGUCUCUUAUCUGUCCCUAGCUCGAUUGUAUCUCUUUUCUUUUCUUCCUACUUCGGUCAUCUACAGACUACACCACUGGC